AACUGGAUUACUCUUUUUUGGAAUAAAACUGUCUGGAAUAGCUUAUUCCAAGAGAUUCCAAAAAAAAUGCACCAUUUAAGUGGAAUUAAAAAACAGUUAUCAUUCCAUUAAUUCCUGUGAAAUAGGUGGAACCAAAUGGAAUCUAGUUAUAAUCCUUUCAUGAUAAAAAAAGAACGUGAAUGACUGGAAUGGAAUCAAGUUAAAUCAAAAAUAAAAUUUUAAUUAAGUUUAAAUAUUUUUCUUGUUAUUCAUCGCAGUCAGAUAGUAGAUUUGUUAAGGUUUUAAAAUUUAAAAUUCUGUUCUGGUAGAUUUUUAAGGUUUGUUACUAACUAAUAGCAACAUCUUCUUCUUAUUUAAACAUUAAUACGUAAGGUAAUCAAACCCACCGAUCAAAAUUUGCUUUCUCCUGGUAAAUCUUAUUUCCUUCAUAAUUGCUAUACUGUUUUUUUUUCUGAGAAAAAGCUUAAAUUUUACCGUUUCUUGAUCCUUACGUUGUAUAUAGCCUAGUACGUUUUGUUUGCUACAUAUCGAAGUUGUGUAGAAUCUGUGCUUUAGUGAUCAAUAUUCUUGUUAAGGUUUUAUAAAAAAAGGAUUAGUAUUGCUAUUAUGUUAGUUAUUCAAAGCUUUAGUUAUUGCAGAUGACACUUCCUCCAAAGUUACUUUUCUGUUCUUUCUUCAUGCGAUUAUGAUUCUAAUAAUGACUAUCCUUUUUCGACAGCAAUAUGAUGAAUAGAUCAGGAAGCAGCAAAACAUGCAACAAAAGUCGACUAAAUCGUAAGGAUAAGUCACAUGCUGAGACGUCAACAAACCGUGAUGGAAAUGGAGGUCGACUUAACCGCAAAGACAAAUCCACUGAUGACACACCAGCAAACCGUGCAGGAAAAUAUAACUACUGGAUCCCAAGAAAAACUGAGAUUUUGCUAAACCUCGUGAAUGUUGAGCUAAAAGCAAAGGACUACACGAUAAGAUUGCCAGACAAUCCAGCUAAAAAAAGAAUAGAAGAAAAAUACUAUGAAAUGACUGGUGAUAAGAUUAUUUUUGAGCCUGAGAUGAGAAAUAGACUAGACUACAUGCGUCGUCUACGACAGCAUUACAAUAUGUUAAUCAACCGUACCGGUGUCCGAGUUAAUCCUACGACGGAACAAAUUGAAAUGCCUAGUUCAUGGUGGGACGAUCGAAUUGCGGAGGCUGGAACAACUAAUGGAAAAUUUAUACGAGUGUUGCAAAGCAAACCUCUUCCUUUUAAAGAGCUACUCGAUCAAAUUUAUGGAGAGCAUGAUUUGGAUCAAGAUGAACGUUAUUCACCAUUCAUGCUCGGCGAACAUAUCCAGCAAAUGCAAGCGGAGGAAGCUAGUGAUGAUGAAACAACAGUGGCAGAUACUGCAGAAGAUAGUGGACGACUUCCUUCAGAACCGAUUAGCCUCAUAGCUUCAGAUGAUGAAUUUCCCACUAGAGAAGAAGCACAUCGUUCUCCAUCUCGUGCAAACAAGUCAAUUCUGCGUGUCCAAAGUACAUCUACUAAGCGUACGAAUAGAAGAAGAGUCAAUUUCGAGACACAAAUCCAAAGUGGCUUUCAGCGUAUGGAAGAGUCUCGCACGAACUUGUUAGAUGUUUUACGGUCACGACACUACCAGAAAGCAACUUUUGGAGAUGCUUUGGCUCUACUAGAAACAUUGGAUGUGGAACCGAUGGGAAGCUUUUGGUGGGCAGCAAGUGGAUUGUUGAUGAAGGACGAAGAAAUCCGUGAUGGCUUUGUGAAAUUACGAAACGAAGAAAAUAAAAUUCGGUAUUUAGAGAGGCUAAGUGGUGUUGAUAGAUAUGGUGAUUCAUGCCAAAUCAUCAACUUAAGAGAGACUUCCAACACCCCAACGUCUCCUGUCCCACUAGCACAUUCACAAAUGGCUGGAAUUACCACAAGAGCUUCACCAAGUUUUAGUCAGGGACAAGGAAUGUUCGAAUCAGGACCUGCUGGGACUAGUUUUUCAUCUUUACUUGGGGUUCUUGGAGCUAACUCGUUAGGUUUAAGUUCUGGGUUAUAAGCAAAUUUAAUUUAAUGAUUUUAUUAAUUUAGUAAUAAUUUUUUUAUGUAAUCCUUUCUUUUAAUAAAAUAUUUUAUUAAUCAUCACUUUUCGUAUAUCUUUCAAUAAAUCUUAUUGAUUCUUACAUAAUUAUUUAUUUAUUUGCAACUUUUGGUUAUUUUAUCAGGAGCUUCGCAUUGCAGAAUUACUUUCUGUUGGAAUUGAAAACAUGUCUGAUGAAGAGCUUACUGAGUUGAUAUUAUUGGAAGAAGAUGAGAUAUUACACGCUUACAUCUCUCCUGCAAUGGACUACUAUUGUAGAUUUUUCUACAAGGAACCAAUGCGUCAAGAAAAGGGUAAAGGAUGGUGUAUAAUCAGAAAUCAGAUUUAUGAAAAUGAAGUUUCAUGUCGAAGGUUAGUGAGAAUGAGUCGAGAGGGAUUUACACGUCUGUGUGAGCUACUUAAAGGCAGGUAUGGCUUACAAGACACUCAUAGUGUAUGUGUUGAUGAGAGCGUUGCAAUCUUCCUUAUUCUUUGUGGGCAAAAUGACACGCAAUAUGAUCUUGGAUUAAGAUUUGGACACGCACAAGAGACAAUAGGACGAAAGUUUCAUGAAGUACUUGGGGCAAUGGAAAGAAUGGCUGUAGACUAUAUGCGACCACGUACAAUUCAAGAAAUGGAAGCUACAUCUAAUCGUCUAGAAGGAGAUGGUCGAUACUGGCCCUUUUUCAGUGGCUUCGUGGGAGCAUUAGAUGGGACACACGUACCAGUUAUGGUUACUCCUGGAAAAGAUUCCAUACGUUUCAUAAGUCGGAAAGGAACAACAAGCCUUAAUGUUUUGGCCAUGUGCGAUGCAGAUAUGCUUUUCACGUAUUGUUUUGUCGGGAUGGCAGGGUCAGCCCAUGAUGCACGAGUUUUAGCUACAGCAAUUCGGGAUGAUCCUAUGUUUCCCACACCUCCAGAAGGUAAAUAUUACCUUGUAGACUCUGGAUAUGCAAAUAGUCGAGGUUACUUAGCUCCGUAUCGAAAACAGCGUAAUUGUGGAACUCGAUAUCAUCUACAAGAAUUUUUGAAUGGUGAAGCGCCACGAAAUAGCAAAGAGAUGUUUAACAGAUGGCAUGCAUCCCUCCGUUCUGUAAUUGAGCGAACAUUUGGAGUUUGGAAAAAAAAAUGGAGGGUUUUAAAUGAAUUUCCGAGGUAUGGUAUUUCUGUACAAAGACGUGUUAUAUUUGCUACAAUGGGCCUUCACAAUUUCAUCCGUCGAAGCAACAUUAGAGAUGUUGAGUUUGAAGAGGCAGAAGCAGGAAAUGAUGUUCUGCAUGGUAAUCAAAAUAUCAGUGAUGAUACAAAUGAUAAUCAGAGUGUUCGAAAUGAGGAUGACACGGUGGCUGGAGUAUAUAUGAAAGCUGUUCGUGAUCAGAUUGCUAAGGAUAUUUGGAUUGCAAAACAUUGUACUCGUUAGAUAUUAUUGUUUUGGCAAUAAAGAUGUUUAGUUUUAAGCAAAGUUUAAAUAAAUAUUUGUGUUUCUUUUUAACAUUAUUUAAUUUAGAUUAAAUGUUAUUUUCA